AUGAAUUUCCUGGACGAAGCUAAUUCCAGGAAGCCCCGGCCCUCUUCCGCGCCCAAAGAGGCAGCUUUCGCCGUACACUGCCAGAUGAAGCAGACGAAGCACUCGACACUAAAACUGCCGGACGCACGUCCCGGGGAGCCGGUUGAGCAUGGAAGGUUGUUCCCCGAGAGCGAAUCAGAGGUUACCAUUGCUCUCCCGCUACCCAAGCGUCGCUCCUUCUUGCUGAAAAUGCUAUCCUACGACGCCGCAAUUACAAUUGCCGCCAAAGGGCAAGACACUACCUCGCCUGCGCCACUGACGACUUCAUUACCACCGAGCAUCACCGGUUCCGCUACUCAAUCAAGCGCCUCUCAUAUGGGCUCCGUCGCUUCUGCCGCGGGCCAGGGCCAGCCAGCCCAACAUAAUCAUAUUUGGCUUGUCACAGGUCCCGCUGGAUGUGGCAAGACUACCAUUGCGGAACACAUUGCGGAUGCCAACGGGUUGCCCUACAUUGAAGGCGAUUCCUACCAUACGGCGGCCAAUGUGGAAAAGAUGAGAACAGGCGUACCGUUGACGGACGCAGACAGAUGGGACUGGCUCACGCAGCUGCGCGAUGAGUCGAUGCGCCGGCUCGCCGACGGAGCGCGCGGCGUCGUUGUGACAUGCUCCGCACUGAAGCGCAAGUACAGAGACGUGAUCCGCGUCGCGGCGUACUAUAACAGCAACAUUUUGAUUCACUUCAUAUAUCUGGAUGCACCGGAGCAAGUGCUUCUGCAACGAGUCUCUGCGCGCCAGGGCCACUACAUGGGGGCUAGCAUGGUCCAAAGCCAGUUUGACAUCUUGGAGCGGCCGGCCGAGGACGAGAAGGAUGUCUUCAGCAUUGAUGUCAGCCGAUCGAUUGAGGAAGUCAAGCAAGAUGCGCUGGCUCAAGUUCAUGAGGUGAUGGACGCAGAGAGCGCCUGA